CAACCAUAUACCUUUCACAGGCUCGAAUCAAUCUCUACAGGCUACAAGAUGCCGUUCUUGAUCGCAGGCAGAGGUCCCGUUGCAGCCGGUUUUUUGCCCUGCUUCGAGACCUUCUGUCGAUCGCCCGUCGCCGGUUCUUCUCAAUCGUCACCGCUCUCAAUCCAUUAUACUUCUCGUCGAACCUACGCUCAACCGGCCAGUCGACCCGUCGAGGAUCAGGACAAUACAAAUGAUGAGCCUGUACAGCGUGCUAACUCUGGCCCUAGCACGACCGCGCGCAGAGGGGGGAUGUCGGAUGAGGAACGGGCCAAGUGGGCUUUCACGACCAAGAUCCACCCGACGCCUUAUGAUAUCCUCCAUCUGCCAAAGACGGCUAGUAAACACGAUAUAAAGAAGCAUUAUUACCGCCUAGCCAUGAUCUAUCAUCCGGACGCCAACCACCCCUCGGCAUCGACUGACAACUUCAUGUCACUUCGCAACGCCUACAACUUGCUCAAAGACGAAUCCUCUCGCGUUCGAUACAACCGCACCGGGGUCGGAUGGAACUCCUCGGCAAGCUCAUCAAGCGGAGGUGGUGGGAUGGGCACGAACUGGAACGACGAACUCAUGAAGGAACAGAUCCGGCGUCGCGCUUAUGGUCCUCAUCGGUCUUCAUCUUCUUCUGCGUGGGGAUCAGGAAGAGGCGAGGCGGGCUAUUCGCAAGCACGGUGGGGCGGGACCGCGGGGGAUUCAGAUUACGGGUUCGCAGGUUACGCACAUGCCGGACCGGAUACUGGAAAUAGGAGGGGGAAUUACACGUCCAAUGUCAGGUUUAUCGGGUCGGUCGCCAUCGUGAGCGUACUGUUUGCCAUGUUUCAGUAUGAUCGAGCGAGCAAGUCCGCCGAAUCUCAUCACGCUCAGCUCAGGAUCAACCAUCUCAAAGCCUCUGAAGCGCUGGCAGAAGCUCGACAUGAUGCCAGACUGUACGGCGCCGAACGUCGUGAUCGGAUCAGGCGAUACGUCCGCAGUCUCGAAGUCGAGCGCGAGUACGAGCGGUUGAUGAGCGAGAGCGAAGGAGUUGUGGAGGGGGGCGAGAUGGUAGGCGCGGUGGAUAGGAGGAAGGAGGAUGCGAGUGCGAUCUUGCAUGGGUCCGGGAAGGGUUGA